UCUUUUAGCAUUCUUUCAUUGUUAUACCUACAAAAAUAUUUUUCCGGUGUAAUUUGUGAAAAAAGUAUUAAAACAAUUGUAAAUUGGUAGCAUCUGUCUUUUAAUUAAAUAAUUUAAAGAUGACGGAUAUAAAAUCGUAUUUUCAUGAGUGGUGUGCAAAAACCAAAGUUGAUCCGAAAUAUGAAAGUCGGCCUACCGGUCCCAAACAUCGUCAACGAUUUUUAUGUGAGAUACGUAUCCCACAAUAUCCAUAUGUGGCCGUUGGCAAUUCGACCAAUAAAAAAGAUGCCGAACGUAAUGCCGCUAGGGAUUUUAUAAAUUUCCUCGUACGUACUGGUAAGAUUCAACCAAGCGAUGUACCCGCCGAUGCUGGCAUUGCAGCGGUGCCUGCAACUAAUGAUGGUCCUGGUGGCAGUGGUGAAAGCUUUAACAAUUCCGAUAACCAACAAAGGCGUGUCUUUGAUGGUAAUGCUGGACCGCAAGAUUUGGGUCAAGCUUACCGUCCUAUGGAUCGUGGUGGUGACAAUCGUGAACAUUUCAAUUUCAUCGAUCGUGCCCAAGAACAAUUGGACAUGAAAGAGGCUGAGUCAAUUGAUGUUAAUGCCGCCAUACAUGGCAAUUGGACAAUAGAGAAUGCAAAAGCAAAACUACAUCAAUUUAUGCAAAUGAAUAAAAUAUCUGCUGAUUAUAAGUAUUCUCCCGUGGGUCCAGAUCAUGCAAGGAGUUUUAUGGCAGAAAUGCAUAUUUUUGUGCGUGAUUUAAAGAGAACUAUAACUGCUCGUGAGACGGGUUCUAACAAACAGUCGGCCAGUAAAUCAUGUGCCUUGUCACUGGUUCGUCAACUUUAUCAUUUGGGUGUAAUCGAGGCAUAUACUGGCACUCUUAAGCAAAAGAAAGAUAAUGAGGAAUUAGCUCCCUAUGAGGUCAAUGUAGCCCCAGAGCUUGUUCAAAAAAUAGAAGAAGUUGUGCGUGAACUGGAUUUACCCAUCGUAGAUAUGAAUAAUAUUAAACCAGAUCCCGAGACAGAUGUUGUUAGUUUACAGGUUAAUACCGGCAAAGAUAGUAAUCGUUUACGUAUGGAUAAUCAACAACUGGUAGCCUCUAUAAUUCCGUGGGCGCCACCUCAGCCAAAUUGGAAUGCCUGGAAUGCUUGUAAUAUUGAUGAGGGUUAUUUGGCUACAGCCUCUUUAGAUGACUUGUGUAACGAUCUUGAAACUAGCAGCAAAGAAAUGCGCUUGAACAAUCCUGAAUAUCAGAAAUUCUUAGAUUUUCGUGAAAAAUUACCGAUUGCUGCUAUGCGCGCUGAAAUCAUGGAAGCCAUUAAUGAAAAUCCCGUUGUAAUUAUACGUGGUAAUACUGGUUGCGGUAAAACAACACAAAUCGCUCAAUACAUUCUCGAAGAUUAUAUAUCUUCGGGUCAGGGGGCAUAUUGUAAUAUUUACGUGACUCAACCUCGUCGUAUAUCGGCCAUAUCGGUAGCCGAACGUGUAGCUAACGAACGUUGCGAAAAUCUAGGAGAAUCUGUAGGUUAUUCGGUACGUUUUGAAAGUGUUAUGCCUCGUCCUUACGGAGCUAUUUUAUUCUGCACUGUUGGUGUUUUGUUGCGUAAGUUGGAGGCUGGUUUGCGUGGUGUGUCUCACAUUAUUGUUGAUGAAAUUCAUGAGCGUGAUGUUAACAGUGAUUUCCUGUUGGUGAUUCUGCGUGACAUGGUGCACACUUAUCCCGAUAUACGCAUUAUUCUUAUGUCAGCUACCAUUGAUACCACUCUGUUCUCAGAGUACUUUGGACGUUGUCCCGUAAUGGAGGUACCCGGCAGAGCUUAUCCAGUGCAACAGUUUUUCCUUGAAGAUUGUCUUGAAAUGACAAAGUUUGUACCCACACCCGAAUCUCGCAAGAAAAACAAAGAUAAGGAUGAUGAAGAGAAUGCAGUCAUCAAGGAAAAUGGUGAAGAUAUUUCAGAACAAAAUCUUAACAAAGUUAUCGAUUCAUCUUAUUCGCAACAAACCAAAAAUGCAAUGGCUAUUUUAUCGGAAUCGGAAUGUUCAUUUGAGCUGAUUGAGUCAUUAUUGCUUCACAUUAAAUCUAAAGAUAUUCCCGGCGCUAUUUUAAUUUUCUUACCCGGUUGGAAUUUAAUAUUUGCCUUGAUGAAAUUCUUGCAAAAUUCUCAAUUUGGUGGACCACAAUAUCGUAUUUUGCCAUGUCAUUCACAAAUUCCUAGAGAAGAUCAACGUAAAGUUUUUGAGCCAGUACCAAAUGGCGUUACCAAAAUUAUACUUUCUACAAAUAUUGCUGAAACAUCCAUUACAAUCGAUGAUAUUGUAUUCGUAAUUGAUUUGUGCAAGGCUCGCAUGAAAAUGUUCACCUCCCAUAACAAUCUUACAAGUUAUGCCACCGUUUGGGCUAGUAAGACCAAUUUGGAACAACGUAAAGGUCGUGCAGGUCGUGUAAGACCCGGCUUUUGUUUUACCUUGUGUUCUAAGGCACGUUUCCAAGCUUUAGAAAGUCAUUUAACACCCGAGAUGUUCCGUACCCCACUACAUGAAAUGGCUUUGACCAUAAAACUUCUACGUUUGGGAUCUAUACAUCAAUUCUUGUCGAAGGCUUUGGAGCCACCGCCAUUGGAUGCUGUAAUUGAGGCUGAAGUGCUUUUGCGUGAUAUGCGUUGUUUGGAUAACAAUGAUGAGCUAACGCCCUUGGGUCGUAUAUUGGCCAGGUUGCCAAUUGAACCGCGUCUAGGAAAAAUGGUGGUGUUGAGUACCGUAUUUGGUUGUGCCGAUAUAGCUGCCAGUAUGGCCUCUUAUUCCAGUACAUUUUCAGAGAUCUUUGCUUUGGACUUGGGCCAAAGACGUUUACAAAAUCAUCAAAAAUCAUUAGGCGGUAGCAAAUGUUCUGAUCAUGUAGCCAUGAUUGUUGCCACUCAGAUGUGGGAAAAUGCUCGCCAUAAGGGAGAGGAUGAAGAAAUACGUUUUUGCGAAUGGAAAGGUCUACAACUGUCAACUAUGCGUGUUAUGGCUGAAGCUAAGAGUCAACUUUUAGAUUUAUUACAACAAGCUGGUUUCCCAGAAGAAUCAAUGAUUUCUGGCCGCAUUGAUGCCAACUCGGAUGAUCCGGUCCUUGACAUGGCCACAGCUCUACUAUGCCUGGGUCUAUAUCCAAAUGUCUGCUACCAUAAGGAAAAACGUAAGGUCUUAACUACUGAAUCAAAGGCCGCUUUAAUACACAAAACCUCGGUGAACUGCAGCAAUUUGGCGGUGACUUUCCCCUACCCAUUCUUUGUUUUCGGCGAAAAGAUUCGUACACGUGCUGUGUCAUGUAAACAAAUGACCAUGGUGGCACCUUUACAUUUGCUAUUGUUCGGUUGCCGCAAAGUCGAUCUCGUAAAAGGCAAUAUGGUACGUUUGGAUAAUUGGCUUAAUUUCAAAAUGGAUCCAUAUUUAGCCUCAAUGAUUGCUGCUCUUAAACCAGCCCUAGAAGACUUGGUAUCGACUGCCUGUGAUGAACCCUCAGAAAUUAUGCAGUUAAAUGAAACACAGUCGAAACUGGUGGAUGUGGUUAAGGAUCUUUGCACCUUAACUGCUGGUGAUUAUCAAAUACAGCGUGAAAAGGGUGUUAUGCCAUAUCAGAGUCGCGGAUCUGGUGGCAGUGGAAUACCAAAUAAAAGAGGAAGAUUUGAUGGUGGCAGCAGAGGUGGUUUUGGCGGCAGUGGCAGCCGAGGUGGUUUUGGUGGUGGUUAUGGCGGUGGUGGUUUUGGAGGUGGUUAUGGCGGUGGCAAUCGUUUCGGUGGUGGUGGCAGCAGUGGCUUUGGCGGCCGCGGAGGUGGUACUAGUAAUUGGGGACGUUAUGGCGGUGGUGGGGGUAAUCGCCGAUUUUAAAUACAUAUAGAACUUAAAUGUAGUCAACAUAAUGCGUACACGCUAAUUGUCAACAAUUGUACGUUUGAUUUCAACAUUUACCGCUUAUUAAUUAAUAAAAGACACCUUAGUAUUGAAACGUA